UACACAACUUUGUUACAAAAUAACCCGCUAGAGCGCAAGUUAAACGUUCUUUGAGACCCUACCCACAAAUAUUUCUACUUGUACGGAGCCAUCAUCUUUGCGUUUUGUUCGUGUUCUCGAUCAGGACUGCCGAGAGCCGAGAGCAGUUAACAAUGGCUGGGAAGGUUUUGGCCACUAGGCUGUUGCAAUGCAGCCGAGUGCAGAACACCGCUGGUAUGUGCACUUAUGCGAACAAGAUUGGAAACAGGGAAGUAGUAUGCUAUGGUAUGAAUGGCGACCCGACCUAUAUUGACCGAGUAGACUUCCCCAUGCCAGCAAUUCGCUACAAGGAACCAACUGCUGACAUUCAGGCUCUUAGAGAAAAAGAAAAAGGAGACUGGAAAAAACUUUCCAUAGAUGAAAAAAAAGCAUUGUACCGGGCUAGCUUUUGCCAAACUUUUGCUGAGAUUAAUGCGCCAACCGGCGAAUGGAAGAGUAUUAUUGGGUGGGCUUUAUUCGGUUCCAGCCUCUCACUUUGGAUUUUUAUGGCCAUGAAGAAAUACGUCUAUCCACCACUACCAGUGACGUUUGACGAGGAACAUCAACUUGCUCAGCUGGAUCGUAUUAUAAAACUCGACAUGAACCCUAUUGACGGAAUCAGUGCCCGUAAAUAAGAAGUUGAUGAACAAUAUGUACUAUAGUUAUAUUAUUACAGUAGUAUAAAGUAUGGCAGUAACAAACAAGUUCUGUACAUAAAAUCGUACACCCGUCGAACGGAAAACAAAUAAAAAUCAUUUCUAAUAAA